AUGGUGGAGAACUAUAAAAGGAGUCGUGUUUCUCCCAUCUCAUCUGCACCGAAAAGUCCCGGCCCUGUGGUGCCCCCUGUCCCACGAAACCACGAAGCAUACGACAGAUGUCGUAUGUUCCUUGAGUACCUGUAUACCACAUGGUAUGCAGGGCAAUUCAAGGAUCUCUGGUUCAAGCUGUUGGGCGGAGUAGUCGGUGUGAGGUAUCCACGUAUGGACAAACUUCUUCUGGACCUUCAAGGCUGCACUUCCAUAGCAAAUGCCAGACUACUCAAUGUGGAAGAGAGAAGAAGCGACGGGAAACGACUGCACAAAAAGGACAUCCUUGCGCAGGCGCCGUGUGGAAAAGGAGAUGAACCGAUUCAAGCUCUUCAU